CCGUCAUGCUGCGGUUCUGCGUGCUGGCACUGGGCUCGCUGCUGAUCGGGGCGGGCGUGUCGCUGGCAUGCGCCUUUGUGCUCAAGCGCUUCGACCGGCUGGAUGCCUCGGGCGCCUCUGCCUCCCUAGACUCCGCUUCCUACGAGAUAGCGGUGGUGGUGAUGGGAGCUUACCUGGCCUACCUAGUGGCAGAGGCAAGUCCUCCGGCAGCCUGGCAUCAACGGCAGCUGCGGCAGCCGUGGCUGCGACAGCAGCCAACCCAGCAGUCUGCCAUGACCCCGGGGCCCCCACUCUGCACCUGCAUGGUGGCUGGCAUGAGCGGCAUCGUGGCCCUCUUCUUCUCCGGCAUCUGCCACUCUCAUUACUCCUACUACUCUGCCAGCCAGGAGGCGAGG